AUGGGGAUGAGCAAACUUCAACACAGAGACUCUCGUUGGUUGUUGUUUCCACGAAUCAUCUAUGGAGUUCUUCAGAUGCAAUCCCCGCUCUCUCUUCUUGACGAUGAUGUACUCGUUCGUCCUCUCCACUAUCAGAAGGACAAGCGCUCUGGGCUAGAGUACAUAAAGAGAGAAAAUGAGAAGAAGAAGAAGAUGAAGCAGGGACAAUCUUCUACAUCUCAGGUCCGAUCUACAUCAGCGCCUGCAACAGAGUCUACAUCAGAGGGCUUCAUUUCUGUGGAUCUUGGCUCUGUUCGCUUUCCUACUCCUCCGCUCCAACCCACAGCGGCGAUUCAGGUGCUUCAGGACAUCGUCUACACUCUCCAACCUUCACAGAGACGGUUCAGGGACUUCUCACGAACCUACAAGGUGCUUGUAAGACACAAAGCUAAAAAGGGGGAGAUUGAAGAUGCAACUGGUUUGACGCAUAUCGUGAAUCAGUCAGGAAGUGCAUCAGGGCGUAUGGACGGACAUGUAGCGGAGCUAAGCGGAGCUUAA